UCAGUUAUAGCAAUUAUAGGCGUGGACUCAUAAAGCGUGUUUGGAAGCAUUGUGUCUUUCUUGUGAGACGUUUUCAGGAAAAAACAAGAAUUUCUGUCACAGAAAUGGCCUAUGAAAUGCGUUUUCAUUUUCUCGUGACAGCUUUGCUGCUUCUUUGUUGCAUCCACGAAGGCUUCUCCAUCAAAUGUUGGGUAUGCAGAUCAGAUUCAGAUCCCAAGUGUGCAGACCCAUUUGAUAAUUCUACCGUACCAAUCACUGACUGUAAGCAAGAACCAUUCCUGGAGCAUUUGCCAGGUGUGAGGCCAACAAUGUGUCGUAAAAUUCGUCAAAAAGUUAAUGGUGAAUGGAGAUAUUUUCGUAGUUGUGCUUAUAUGGGAGAGCCAGGUAUUGCUGGUGAUGAACGAUUUUGCCUAAUGAGAACUGGAACAUAUAAUAUAUUUAUGGAAUAUUGUACAUGUAAUAGUAAAGACGGUUGUAAUUCAGCGUCAUAUCAGUAUGGGAGCUGGUUACUCUUGAUAAUUGCAUUUAUAACAUCAAUCAGAUACGCAUUCAUUGAUUGAAAGAAUCUAGCCAAAGAUUUUCUUUUUUUAACAGAUCUGAUUCACUGGAUAGUUUAGAUUUCAGUAAGUGUAUUUACAGCUCGAGAUCCACAUAUUUGUACUUAUUAUAAAUAACUCCCUUUUCUCUUCUUAUACAUCGAACUUCAGGGAGACAAACACAUACUCCAACAAUCAAAUGUAUCGAUAAGUACCUUAGAUUUUUAUAACAAGUUUUUAAUUUUAUAUAUGUAUUUUUUUUACGAAAUGGCUGCUGCCUUUUUAUAUUCUAUUCCAAAUAGAGCAACGAUAAGAAUCUGAAAUAUUUAUAAAGAAGAAAAUGACUUCCAGUAAGUUAGUAGCUUAUUUUGGCCUAAGAUAUUAUAUUUUAUCGACGAUUUUACAUAUUUUAUAGAAAUAUAUUUUUAUCGCAAUUUAAGAAAAAAAAUAUAUAUAUUUGCAUACUAUUUUUCUCCAUCUUAAUGUUAUACAGUACAAAUUAUGCAUCUUACUAACAUCGAAAAUUAGCAUCCGACUGCAAUGACAACUCCAGAUGUUAAGAUAAGACUGCUAAUGCCGUCCAGAUUAAUAUAAUCGAUUUAGUUUUAGUAUGGUGUUUUGCCAUCUUUUUAUAUGUUUUGUAUAUAUUUUUAAAGUAAUAUUUAGUUCUUUCUUCUUUCACACUGUCAUCCAUAUACAAUAAAAGCAUGAUUCGUAAUCAUACGAUUAUCGUGUCAUAUGAAAUACAAUAGAAUGUGUGACUUUGCAUAUCAUGCUUGAAAUUCAUCUAUUACUAUGAAUUUGUUACUCGAAUGUAUGAAAUACAUUGAAAAUAAUGAAAUGACUCGUAAAUACGAAAACAGA